GUUUGAGUAAGAGAUAAGGAAGAGAGGUGCCCGAGCCGCUCCGAGUCCGCCGCCGCCGCAGCGCCUCUGCUCCGCCAACUCCGCCGGCUUAAAUUGGACUCCCCGAUCCGCGAGGGCGCGGCGCAGCCCGGCAGCGGCUCUCUCAGCUUUGGCAACCCCAGGGGCCACUAUUUCCCACUUAGCCACAGCUCCAGCCUCCUCUCUCUGGGCUGUUCACCAACAGUACAACCACCAUUUCACUGUGGACAUUACUCCCUCUUACAGAUAUGGGAGACAUGGGAGAUCCACCAAAAAAAAAACGUCUGAUUUCCCUAUGUGUUGGUUGCGGCAAUCAAAUUCACGAUCAGUAUAUUCUGAGGGUUUCUCCGGAUUUGGAAUGGCAUGCGGCAUGUUUGAAAUGUGCGGAGUGUAAUCAGUAUUUGGACGAGAGCUGUACGUGCUUUGUUAGGGAUGGAAAAACCUACUGUAAAAGAGAUUAUAUCAGGUUGUACGGGAUCAAAUGCGCCAAGUGCAGCAUCGGCUUCAGCAAGAACGACUUUGUGAUGCGCGCCCGCUCCAAGGUGUACCACAUCGAGUGUUUCCGCUGCGUGGCCUGCAGCCGCCAGCUCAUUCCUGGGGAUGAGUUCGCGCUGCGGGAGGAUGGGCUCUUCUGCCGCGCGGACCACGACGUGGUGGAGAGGGCCAGCCUGGGCGCCGGUGACCCGCUCAGUCCCCUGCACCCGGCGCGGCCGCUGCAAAUGGCAGCCGAGCCCAUCUCCGCGAGGCAGCCGGCCUUGCGGCCGCACGUCCACAAACAACCGGAGAAGACCACCCGCGUGCGGACUGUGCUGAACGAGAAGCAGUUGCACACCUUGCGGACCUGCUACGCCGCCAACCCACGGCCCGACGCACUCAUGAAGGAGCAACUAGUGGAGAUGACCGGCCUCAGUCCUCGCGUGAUCCGGGUUUGGUUUCAAAACAAGCGGUGCAAAGACAAGAAGCGGAGCAUCAUGAUGAAGCAGCUCCAGCAGCAGCAGCCCAAUGACAAAACUAAUAUCCAGGGGAUGACAGGAACUCCCAUGGUGGCUGCCAGUCCAGAGAGACAUGAUGGUGGCUUACAGGCUAACCCAGUGGAGGUGCAAAGUUACCAGCCACCUUGGAAAGUACUGAGUGACUUCGCCUUGCAGAGUGACAUAGAUCAGCCUGCUUUUCAGCAACUGGUCAAUUUUUCAGAAGGAGGACCAGGCUCUAAUUCCACUGGCAGUGAAGUGGCAUCGAUGUCCUCUCAACUCCCAGAUACACCUAACAGCAUGGUAGCCAGUCCUAUUGAGGCAUGAGGAACAUUCAUUUAGAUGUAUUUUUUCCCUGUUGGAGAAAGUGGGAAAUAAUGUUGAACUCUGAAACAAAAGUAUUUAACGACCCAGUCAA